AUGGCGAGCAUGGCUGCGGUGGGCGCCAUCAGGGUGCCUACCUCCUCCUCCUCCUCCUCCUCCUCCUCCUCCUCCUCUUUUCCGGCGGCCUCCGAGUCCCGCCACCAGCGGCGGUGCUCCUCCGCCCUGUCGUUCGCCUCCUCGCAGGUCGCCGGCGACAAGAUCGCCUCGUCCGCCGCCGCCUCCGCCGCUGCCUUCAAGAGCGUGCGGAGAGCUCCGGCCGUCGUGUCUCCCAGAGCCGUCUCCGAUUCCCGGAACUCGCAGACGUGCCUUGACCCCGACGCCAGCCGCAGUGUUCUCGGAAUUAUACUAGGAGGUGGGGCCGGGACCCGUCUCUACCCCCUGACUAAGAAGAGAGCAAAACCCGCCGUCCCGUUGGGAGCAAAUUACAGGCUGAUUGACAUUCCUGUGAGCAAUUGCUUGAAUAGCAACGUAUCGAAGAUCUAUGUCCUCACGCAGUUCAAUUCUGCAUCUCUCAACCGUCACCUUUCUCGGGCUUAUGCCAGCAACAUGGGUGGUUACAAAAAUGAAGGUUUUGUUGAAGUUCUUGCUGCCCAGCAGAGCCCGGAGAAUCCUAACUGGUUUCAGGGCACUGCCGAUGCUGUCAGACAGUACUUGUGGCUGUUUGAGGAGCAUGAUGUUUUGGAGUUCCUUAUUCUUGCUGGGGACCAUUUGUACAGAAUGGAUUAUGAGAGAUUUAUUCAAGCCCAUAGAGAAACUGAUGCUGACAUCACUGUGGCUGCACUUCCAAUGGACGAAAAACGUGCCACUGCAUUUGGCUUGAUGAAGAUAGAUGAAGAAGGACGUAUCAUUGAAUUUGCCGAGAAGCCAAAAGGAGAGCAACUAAAAGCAAUGAAGGUUGACACAACUAUCUUAGGUCUUGACGAUGAAAGGGCAAAGGAGAUGCCUUACAUUGCGAGCAUGGGUAUAUACGUUAUUAGCAAAGAUGUGAUGCUUAAUCUUCUCCGAGACAAGUUUCCUGGAGCCAAUGACUUUGGAAGUGAAGUCAUUCCCGGCGCAACUUCCGUUGGGAUGAGAGUGCAAGCUUACUUGUAUGAUGGAUAUUGGGAAGAUAUAGGUACAAUUGAGGCAUUCUAUAAUGCAAACCUAGGGAUCACUAAGAAGCCAGUGCCGGAUUUCAGUUUCUAUGAUCGUUCAUCUCCAAUCUACACCCAACCACGGUAUCUGCCCCCUUCCAAGAUGCUAGAUGCUGAUGUGACAGACAGUGUUAUUGGUGAAGGAUGUGUUAUUAAGAACUGCAAGAUCCACCAUUCGGUGAUAGGACUUCGAUCUUGCAUUUCGGAAGGUGCGAUAAUAGAAGACACCUUAUUAAUGGGCGCAGAUUAUUAUGAGACGGAUGCUGAUAGGAGAUUUCUGGCUGCCAAGGGCAGUGUCCCAAUUGGUAUCGGCAAGAAUUCGCAUAUUAAGAGAGCAAUUAUCGACAAAAAUGCCCGCAUAGGGGAGAAUGUGAAGAUCAUUAACAGCGAUGACGUUCAAGAAGCUGCAAGAGAAACAGAUGGAUACUUCAUAAAGAGUGGGAUUGUCACGGUGAUCAAGGAUGCUUUGCUUCCCAGCGGAACCGUGAUCUAGAAACUGUGCAAUUGCGAUCUAGCAAAAGCUUUGCAUUGAGAAAGUGACGCAACUGGAAGUCAUAAUCUCUUUAAGGUAGCUCCAUGGUUCUCCCACUAGACCUGUAAUGUAUAUCUCAGUGCGACCAGAUGUAACUAGCAGAGGAAGAGAGGACUUGAAUACUUUACGAUGUAAAGGUCUUUUUUCUUAAUAAGUGAGGUAAGCAAGUGUAUGACAAUCUGCAAUAUUUCGUUUUAGCAGUUUUCCGUUACUCUAA